AUGAAUGAGGAGUACGACGUGAUCGUGCUGGGCACUGGCCUGACGGAAUGUAUCCUGUCAGGUAUAAUGUCAGUGAAUGGGAAGAAAGUUCUUCACAUGGAUAGAAACCCGUAUUAUGGAGGAGAGAGUGCAUCUAUAACACCGCUGGAAGAUUUAUACAAAAGAUUUAAGAUACCCGGAGCUCCACCAGCAUCCAUGGGCAGAGGAAGAGACUGGAAUGUUGACUUAAUCCCCAAGUUCCUUAUGGCAAAUGGUCAGCUGGUUAAGAUGCUGCUUUUUACGGAGGUCACUCGCUAUCUGGAUUUCAAAGUGACAGAAGGGAGCUUUGUUUAUAAGGGAGGAAAGAUCUACAAGGUUCCUUCCACUGAAGCAGAAGCCCUGGCAUCUAGCCUAAUGGGGCUGUUUGAAAAACGUCGAUUCAGAAAAUUCCUGGUAUAUGUCGCCAACUUUGAUGAGAACGAUCCUCGAACUUUUGAGGGCAUUGAUCCUAAGAAGACAUCAAUGCGAGAGGUGUAUAAGAAAUUCGACUUGGGCCAAGAUGUUAUAGAUUUUACUGGUCAUGCCCUGGCACUUUACAGAACUGAUGACUAUUUAGAUCAGCCAUGUUGUGAAACCAUUAAUAGGAUUAAACUUUACAGCGAAUCUUUGGCAAGAUAUGGCAAAAGCCCGUACCUUUAUCCACUCUACGGCCUUGGAGAACUGCCACAGGGAUUUGCACGGCUAAGUGCUAUUUAUGGAGGUACCUACAUGCUGAAUAAACCAAUUGAAGAAAUAAUUAUGCAGAAUGGAAAGGUGAUUGGUGUAAAAUCUGAAGGAGAGAUUGCUCGCUGUAAGCAGCUCAUCUGUGAUCCCAGCUAUGUGAAAGAUCGAGUAGAAAAAGUGGGCCAGGUGAUCAGAGUCAUCUGUAUCCUCAGCCACCCCAUCAAAAACACCAACGAUGCCAACUCCUGCCAGAUCAUUAUUCCACAGAACCAAGUCAACCGGAAGUCAGAUAUCUACGUCUGCAUGAUCUCCUCCGCACACAAUGUGGCUGCACAGGGCAAGUACAUUGCCAUCGCCAGCACAACGGUGGAGACCAAGGAGCCCGAGAAGGAAAUCAGACCAGCCCUGGAGCUCUUGGAACCAAUUGAGCAGAAAUUCGUUAGCAUCAGUGACCUCCUUGUACCAAAAGACUUGGGAACAGAAAGCCAGAUUUUUAUAUCCCGUACCUAUGAUGCAACAACUCACUUUGAGACAACCUGUGAUGACAUUAAGGACAUCUAUAAGAGGAUGACGGGAUCUGAGUUUGACUUUGAGGAAAUGAAACGCAAGAAAAAUGACAUCUAUGGGGAAGACUAA